AUGUCAAAAUUGUGUGGUUUGAAUGUAGUUAAGCUACGAGAAGAACUACAGAAACGAAGCCUUGUCACAAGUGGCAACAAAGAAGUACUAGUAGCACGUCUGAAAGAAGCUCUUAUUGACGAAGGUAAGAACCCAAACGAGUUCAAGUUUGAUGGUGCUGACGACGACAAUGAAAUUAGCACAGGCACGUUUACAACCGCUAAAAUGAUGGAACUUCUGCUUAGUAUGUCAACUGAAAUAAAACAACAGUCCGAACGACAGACAGAGGAGUUAAAACAGAUCAAAGAACAGUCCGAACAACAGUCCGAAUGA